CCUUGCUUUUCUCGCCUGGAGUCGCUCGGCAGGCGCCCAGGCCCUCGGGGCUCGGGUUGUGCUCCCCUCGGGGCCUGCCUGCUGGGCCGCCCUUUGAGCCUAGGCCGCGGAAGCUGGGGCUCCCGAUCCCCACCCUCCUGCGCGACCCCCGCAGGGCGGGCCGCCCCACCGCUGGCCUUGACCCGCACCCCUUUCUCUCCGGUGGCCGCUGCCUGCUGCCAGCGGCUUCCUGGUCCCCGUCAGCAACACCAGGGGCAGGGAGAGGCCCACCGUCUUCUCCUGCCCGCCCCCCAUUGGCGAGCGAUGAAGGCGGGGGCCUGCGUCUCCGUGUUCGGGUCUCACGCAGCUAGAUGUUGAUUCCACGGUCCAGCCUAAGGCCCCUCAGUCUCUCUGUGCCUCUGGAAGCCGAAUGAGGGGCAGUCAAGGUUGAACAUUGGAUACGCCUUUGAGUACCUUAUUGAAACAUUAAAUGACAGUUCACAUAAGAAGUUCUUCGAUGUAUCUAAACUUGGAGGCACCAAGUAUGAUGUUCUGCCUUACUCAAUACGGGUCUUGUUGGAAGCUGCUGUACGAAAUUGUGAUGGCUUUUUAAUGAAGAAGGAAGAUGUUAUGAACAUUUUAGACUGGAAAACUAAACAAAGCAAUGUUGAAGUGCCCUUUUUCCCUGCCCGUGUUCUUCUUCAAGAUUUUACUGGAAUACCAGCAAUGGUGGAUUUUGCUGCUAUGAGGGAGGCAGUGAAAACUCUUGGAGGUGAUCCUAAGAAAGUCCAUCCUGCUUGUCCGACAGAUCUUACAGUUGACCAUUCUUUACAAAUUGACUUCAGUAAAUGUGCAAUACAGAAUGCACCAAAUCCUGGAGGUGGUGACCUGCAGAAAGCAGGAAAGCUCUCUCCACUUAAAGUGCAGCCUAAGAAGCUUCCCUGCAGAGGCCAGACUACCUGCCGAGGAUCUUGUGAUUCUGGAGAACUAGGCCGAAACUCAGGAACAUUUUCUUCGCAGAUUGAGAAUACACCCAUCCUGUGUCCUUUUCAUUUGCAACCAGUGCCUGAACCUGAAACAGUGUUAAAAAAUCAAGAAGUAGAAUUCGGCAGAAACCGAGAGAGGCUUCAGUUUUUUAAGUGGAGUUCAAGAGUUUUUAAGAAUGUGGCAGUAAUCCCUCCUGGAACUGGAAUGGCUCAUCAAGUAAACUUAGAAUAUUUGUCAAGAGUGGUUUUUGAAGAAAAGGACCUCCUCUUCCCAGACAGUGUAGUCGGCACAGAUUCACACAUAACAAUGGUGAAUGGUUUAGGGAUUCUGGGGUGGGGGGUUGGAGGCAUUGAAACAGAAGCAGUUAUGCUUGGUCUGCCAGUUUCUCUUACUUUACCAGAGGUGGUUGGAUGUGAGUUAACUGGGUCAUCAAACCCUUUUGUUACAUCCAUAGAUGUUGUUCUUGGUAUUACAAAGCACCUCAGGCAAGUAGGAGUGGCUGGAAAGUUUGUUGAGUUUUUUGGAAGUGGAGUUUCACAAUUAUCUAUAGUUGAUCGAACUACAAUAGCAAACAUGUGUCCGGAAUAUGGUGCUAUCCUCAGCUUUUUCCCUGUUGACAAUGUGACAUUAAAACAUUUAGAACAUACAGGUUUUAGCAAAGCCAAACUCGAAUCAAUGGAAACAUACCUUAAAGCUGUGAAAUUGUUUCGAAAUGACCAGAAUUCUUCAGGAGAACCUGAAUACUCCCAGGUGAUCCAGAUUAAUCUGAAUUCAAUAGUUCCAUCUGUUAGUGGUCCAAAAAGACCUCAGGAUAGAGUUGCUGUGACAGAUAUGAAAAGCGAUUUCCAGGCUUGCUUAAAUGAAAAGGUUGGAUUUAAAGGCUUCCAAAUUGCAGCUGAAAAACAGAAGGAUAUUGUCUCCAUUCAUUAUGAAGGAAGUGAAUAUAAGCUGUCUCAUGGAUCAGUGGUCAUUGCUGCAGUUAUCAGUUGUACCAAUAAUUGCAAUCCAUCUGUUAUGCUUGCUGCAGGUCUUUUGGCUAAAAAGGCUGUUGAAGCUGGUCUGCGUGUUAAACCUUAUAUAAGAACAAGUUUAUCUCCAGGCAGUGGGAUGGUUACACAUUACCUCAGUUCAAGUGGAGUAUUACCAUAUCUCAGUAAGCUUGGAUUUGAAAUCGUUGGCUAUGGAUGUUCAACUUGUGUGGGAAAUACAGCGCCCUUAUCAGACGCAGUUUUAAAUGCAGUAAAACAGGGUGAUUUGGUUACCUGUGGAAUUUUAUCUGGAAACAAAAAUUUUGAAGGUCGUCUUUGUGAUUGUGUUCGUGCCAAUUAUCUUGCCUCUCCACCCUUAGUGGUAGCUUAUGCCAUAGCAGGCACAGUGAAUAUAGAUUUCCAGACAGAACCUUUAGGUACUGACCCCACCGGCAAGAACAUUUACCUGCAUGAUAUUUGGCCUAGUCGAGAAGAAGUUCAUCGAGUAGAGGAAGAACAUGUUAUACUAUCCAUGUUUAAAGCAUUAAAAGAUAAAAUAGAAAUGGGGAAUAAACGGUGGAAUUCCUUAGAGGCACCGGAUUCAGUUUUGUUUCCAUGGGACUUAAAGUCUACUUAUAUCAGAUGCCCUUCAUUUUUUGAUAAACUUACCAAAGAGCCAGUUGCACUCCAGGCUAUUGAAAAUGCCCAUGUCUUAUUAUAUUUGGGAGACUCUGUCACAACAGAUCAUAUAUCACCUGCAGGAAGUAUCGCUAGGAAUAGUGCUGCCGCUAAGUAUUUGACAAACAGAGGCCUUACCCCUCGUGAAUUCAACUCUUACGGAGCUCGAAGAGGUAAUGAUGCUGUAAUGACGAGAGGCACUUUUGCAAAUAUCAAGCUUUUUAAUAAGUUUAUUGGAAAACCAGCUCCUAAAACAAUUCAUUUUCCAUCAGGACAGACGCUAGAUGUAUUUGAGGCUGCAGAGCUGUACCAGAAAGAAGGUAUCCCACUGAUUAUUUUAGCAGGAAAGAAAUAUGGUUCAGGAAACUCCAGAGACUGGGCUGCCAAAGGACCGUAUUUACUGGGUGUGAAAGCUGUUUUGGCCGAAAGUUAUGAAAAAAUACACAAAGAUCAUUUGAUUGGAAUUGGCAUAGUUCCACUUCAGUUCCUUCCAGGAGAAAAUGCAGAUUCCUUGGGCCUCUCCGGUAGAGAAACAUUUUCUUUAACAUUUCCUGAAGAACUAUCUCCUGGAAUUACAUUGAAUAUACAGACAAGCACUGGAAAAGUAUUCAGCGUGAUUGCUUCGUUUGAAGAUGAUGUGGAAAUAACAUUGUACAAACAUGGAGGAUUAUUAAACUUUGUGGCACGAAAAUUCUCAUAGUAUCUACUUACCAUGGAUACCUUUCAUAACUGGUAACUGCAAAGCCUUUUGUGCUGGACCCAGGAAUCCUUACCAUGGAGCAGCAGAUAGUCCCAGUAUACUCACUUAUCUCAUCCAUGGAUGUAAAUGAUGAUGAAUCAACAUAGUAACUGAAAUGAAAUCUUCUUGAUUUUAAAUAAUAUACGAAUGGUGCUAUUAACAUUGCUAAAAUCAACGUGUGAAGUGUGUUGUGGAAGAGACCUGUAAGUAUGGGGGGGCGAUAUUUUAUCAGACCAUUUUGUAAAUAAAGGCAGAAUUUGUGUUGAAGAUUCUUAUAUGAGUAACCUUCCUGGAUUUGUUUAGUUUUGCACCAAUAAAACUGUGUACUACUGUUUGUUGGUUUAAGAGUAGCAGAUUGAAAUAUAAGAAGCCAGAUUAGACUCUAAAAUUGUGGUCAUUGGAAUCUCAUUUAUAAAUGGACCUUUUAAGUAUAUUAAUUCCUCUUCAGAAUUGAGCUGGACACAUUUGGCAUUCUUAGUUUGUCAUAUAACCAGGUUUAUCCUUAGUCUAACUGCAAGGGAUAGAACCUGCCCCAGGUCACAAUCAUUCUGUCCAAUCCAGCCAAGGUUCUCUCCACAUAUGAAGAUGGACCAUGGCAAGAUACAACUGAUUGUGUGGCACCAUGUAUUAGCAGUGGAAAUAUGUAUCACAUAUGAUGCAGCCUUUAAUGUUUCAGCAGUUUGCCACUGUGACUAUCUGGCAAGCCCCCAGAUGGCAUUAUAUUAAUUGGAUUAGAUUAUUUUGCUCACCUUAUGUAAUACUGUAACUUCCUAUAACCUAAUAUUUUCAGUAUCGUUAACCAAAAUUUCACACUCAUAGUUGCUAAAGAGAAUGUUAUUCAAUCAUUAAACUCUGAACUGAUUUCUUCUAUACAUUUAAAUUAUCCACCCUCAAUUAUACGGGUGCUCAACCCUAUGCGUUUUUUAAGUGUUGCUUUUUCUUAAUCAAAUUGAUUUCCUGUCAUUCUGAAUCAUUUAUCACCUGCAAUGCAUGAUUCUAUUAAUUUUGUUAUGUUACUGUUUUAACCAAAGCUGACUGUAAGGAUAAAACACUUAAGUUGUUGCUGAGUACUAUAUAUCUUCAAUAUGCAUGUCUGCCCAUCACAUCAAAUGUUCUGUCAAGAUGUUUGGCAAUUUUUUUAAAAAAGGUUGGAAAAUUAAUUAUAGAAGGUUCUAUACCGUUUUUUAAUUAAGAAACUAAAUCUAGCAGGCUAAAGGUUAAUUGUAGUGAUUUUUUUUUCACAUAGAUACCUUUCUAUGACCUAGUUAGUUACUGCAAUUCAGAAUUAGUUCACAUUGCAUAAAGAAUUACUUGUUUUAAGCAAAAUGCUGAAACUACCAAACCAGUGGAUGAAGACCACUAAGAACUUUGCACAUAGUCAUACAAUCUUUUGAAAAUAUUUUCCAAAUAUGUGUUUAGACAAUAAGAUGGACUAGAGUUUGACAAAAUGAUUUCUUUAUUUAAAUUUUGUAUAAGUAUUUUCUUUGACACUUUCAAUUAUAUUGUGUUCUUGAUAUAUGCUGUAUAUUUAUUUGUCAGUGCAUGUGUUUUUAAUUUACAUGAAAACAUGAGUUAGGAGAAAUUACAGGUUGAAAGAUGAAAUGCCUGUAUGUGCUCUGAAGAAAUGGUAAUUCCAGAUUGUGCAGGGGAAACAAAUCUAUUUUGUUUUGUUUUGUUUUGUUUUUUGAGACGGAGUCUUGCUCUGUCGCUGGGCUGGAGUGCAAUGGCGCGAUCUUGGCUCACUGCAGCCUCCGCCUCCUGGGUUCAAGUGAUUCUCCUGCCUCAGCCUCCUGAGUAGCUGGGACUACAAGCAUGCACCACCACACCCGGCUAAUUUUUGUAGUUUUAGUAGAGACAGGGUUUCACCAUGUUGGCCAGACGAUCUGAAUCUCUUGACCUAGUGAUCCGCCCGCCUCGGCCUCCCCAAGUGCUGGGAUUACAGGCGUGAGCCACCACACCCGGUCUAUAUUGUUUUGAAGGCAUACUCUAUAUAUAGUUAUGGGCAGAGGCACAGGCAUCCUCAGCAGCUGAUUCAGGAGAUGAUGGUAAAGCUAGCUAACUAUGAAUUAAACAUUCACAUAUCCAGUCUACCUGGUCCAGUAAUAAUACAAGCAAAUCUUGUAUUUCAGGAACAAAUCAAGGUUCUCUUAAUUUUUUGGCUUAUAUACAAUGAAGUAAAAACUUGAUAAACAUGGUUUCAAAUUGAGGAGGAGAGUCUUGGAUGUAUGUUUUAAUAUGUAUACCUUAUAAUUCUGCCUCUAGCCAAAUGUUAUGUUUGCAAAAUGUGGCAUCUGUUAGUUUUUAUUGUCUGUAUCUUCUUUGUUGACUAUACCUGGGUAAUUUUGUGUUACCAAAAAAAUAAGGAAGUGUAAUGUCAGACACAAGAAAAGCAAAUCAGUGUUGUAAGCUUAAAGUACAAUUUCAAAGGUCAUUACCAACAGCAGGUUUUUUUUUUAUACUUUAAAAACAUUAUGCUACAUAUCAUUGCCAUUUUCAUAUUUUGGGGUUUUGCUACUCUUAUACAAUGGAAUCAAUGAAAAUGUCAUCCAGCCACUGAAUUGCCAUUAUUAUAUCUAAAAAGUUUCUAAGAUGACAGUUGUCACUAUUUUGUUUUAUCUCCAUGCUGACAUUUGAAAGAAGGUACUAGUAUCCCUCUAGCCAGAUUGCUUAGUUUUUCGUUGGUAAUCAAACAACAGUUGUACUAAAGGAAAGUAAAGCUAGGACCUAAAUCAGAAUCAUAGUUGCCUGCAUAUAUGGUAACAAGGUUGUGUGCAUUUGCUUUCACAGUGAUGAGUGAGAGGAUGAGAAGAAAUUAUUUGACAUUUUUCUGUGGUUGAAUAGAAGACACCUUUCUUUUGUCUUUAGGUUUAGGAGAAGAUACUAAGAUACUGGAUGUUUGUCCUAUCUUAGUUUGGUUGGAGUAAUAAGAGAGAAGAAGAGGGUAGACUUUGGCUUUUUCAGUGUUUUUUCCCCUAAAGAGUGAUAUUGCUGAUGUUUCUAUCAAUUUUACAUAUAAUAUGUGGCUAUGAAACCAUAUAUCUCACUUAAGUAACAAAGUAAUCACUUUGUCUAUCACUAAGUAAUAGACAAAAAUCAUUGUCUAUUAUUUAAAGCCAACAAAACAGUGUAACAGUUUUAAGUUCAAUAAUGUUAAGUAUUGUAUAGAAAUAUAUUGGAGGCAAAGUUCAGUUGAUGACAAUUGUGUAUAUGUUACUGAUGCUGUAAAUUAUUUUUAAUAAAGAAAAUUGUAUUAUCACA